CGAAGAAGAAGAAGAAGAAGAAGAACAAGGCGGUGCUGAAGUCCACCUCCAACCUCAUGGUGCGCUUCAAGCAGAUCGGGAAGAAGCGGAAGGAGGCAGCAGCCGCCCCGCCGGCGAAGCCGUCCUUCCUGCUGCUGCGCCGGGGCGGGCCGGCCGAGGCGGCUGGCGCGUCCCUCUUCCGCCGGCGCCCGGAAAGGAAAUUCAAGCCGCGGGCGCAGGUGCUGAGCAAGGCGGCCGCCGCCACGGGCUGGCUGGCGAGGAAGCUGCUCUCCAAGCGCGGGCGGCUGGUCGGGGGCGGCCGGCCAGCCGACACGGCCUGGCUCUCCCGCAUCGGCGCCAGGAAGCUCCCGUUCCCCGCGGAAGACGAGAUCCUCAGGCACCGAGCCAACAUGAAGCGGCUCCCCAGCGGCGGUGGCGGCGGCGGCGGGCUGCCGGCCCCCGGCACUGUGCGGCGCAGCGAGGAGCGUCCCGGCGUGCCGUCCCGGCGGCCGUCCCGGCGGGGAGCCUCGGAGGAGCCGCUGGCACCGGCGGGGUACUACGGCUGGCCCCAGGAGGAGGGCGGCCCUACGGCAUCCUACGGCGCCCGGUGCGGCUACGCCGAGGAGGAGAGCUACGGCACCGCGCCAUCUCCCCCCUACCCGGCCCGGUACGGCUUCGAGGAGGCGGCGCUGCCCGAUUAUGGCGACUACGUGGGCUACGAGGCGGAGGAAGACUACGGCUUUUACGAGGGGGUUUUGGACUACCCGGACGACCCGCUGCCCCACCACUACUGGGAGCCCGAGGAUGAGGAGUACGGCCCCUACGGCGCCUACUCCCCCUCCGACCUCUACGAUCCUUACGGGAGCGACCUGGACUACGCCGAGGAGCCCGCGGCGCCCUUUGGCUACCCGGGUGACCCGUACGAAGCCUUCGGCGGGCCCGCGGCGGGCGAGGGCGGCUACCUGGAGGACGCCUACCCCGAGCACCGCAUCCACUACAGCGAGGGCGGGUGGCCGCCGCACGCCCAGUCCUCCUGCAACCCCUACGCCGCCGCCGCCCUGGACGACAUCGCCGAGGCCGAGGAGCCCGAGGAGUGGGAGGAGGAGGAGCGGGACUACCCCUUCGCCAUGCUCAGCGCCUCCUCCCUCAAGGGCAUGCGGGAGACGCUCUCGGCCCAGCUCUCCCUCAACAGGAAGUUCAGGCUCUUCCCCAGGCCCCAGGUGAAGCUCUUCGGCCGGGACCGCCUGGACGUCGCCCUCCCGCCGUCCCCACACCUGGCCGACGAGGACGACUACGACGAGUACGAGCCGCCGCCGCCGCCGCCAUCGCCGCCGGGGCGGCCCGUGGGCAGCCGGCGGGGCGGCGGGGCGCCGGCGCGGGCCUGCGGCAGCCCGCUGGGGCAGUUCCUGCAGCGGUCGCUGUCGCAGCUCCGGCCGGGCCUCGAGCGGCGUGAUGGCGGCGCCGCGGAGCCGCCUCAGGGAGCGGGGCCGGCCGAGCCCCCCCGCGGACGCUUCGGCACCAGGCCGGCGGGCGUCGAGAGAGCUGGCUCGGCCCGGCAGCCGCCCGCCCGCCGCCGCGGCUCGGCCUCGGGGGCCGCCGGCAGCCGGAGCGGUCGGGACGCGCCGCUGGCGGACCCAGGCAGGGACGUGUCCCCGCUGGCGGGACCCUGGCGGGAGCCGGCGACCUCACGCCGCCCCUCGCUCCGCAACCCCUUCGCCAACCCCGGCCGCUCCUCGCCGCCGGCCCUCGACCGCCGUGGCAGCGCCCGGAGCGACGGCCCCCCCCCGGGCGCCAGCUUCCGCCGCUUCGGCCCCCCGGGCCCGGCCCCCUCCUCGGUGCCCGCGGUCCCGCCGGCGCGGCGGUCCUCGUUGCGGCGGGGCGGCCCCCCCGGGCCGCCGCUGCCCCACGCCUGGCCCCGGCAGCCCGAGCCCCCCACCAAAGCCGUGAAGCCGCUAGUGCGGACCCCCUUCCUGCAGCCCCUGGGGCGCCCGCCCGGCCCCCCGGCCACGCUGCCUGCCGCCCCGCCACCCGCCCGCCGCCCGCCGCCCCCCAGGCCCUCCUGGGACCGGCCACCCGGCCCCGAGCUGCCCCCCUGGCCGGGGGCCGCCCGGGACCCCCCGCCGCCCAGCCCCGCUCCCGGCACCCCCAAAGCCUUCCUGCAGCGCAUCGGGCAGCCCCUCGCCGGCAUGGCCCAGCGCCCGCCCCCCGCCAGGCCUGCCGACACGGGGAGCCGCAGCCCGUCCCCGGGCAGGCUGGGGCGUCCGGGGGGGCCCGGCCAGUCCCUGGCGUCCCUGCUGGCGGCGAGCGUGGCCCCUCCAUCCCCGCCGCCCACCCGCCGCCGGUCCCUUUCCCCCGCGCCCUCCUCGGUGAGACGCGCGUCCCCGCGGGACGGAAACACCCCCAGGUCGCCGAGCCCCACGGCGGGGCACCGCGUUUGGGCCGACGGCCCGCGCCCCGGGCUCCCGGGCUCCCCCAAAGCCGGACGGAGCCCGCCGACGCGGCGAAGCGCCGCUUUCCCCGGCCCCUGCGGCCGGGCACCGGGCUCCUACCGCCGCGGCAUCGGUGCCCCGGAGCCGGCGGAGCCGCUCGAGAGCGAGGCCGCGGCCGGGGAGGACGUGGCGGGGCGCUACGCGGUGGUGACGCCGCAGAUCCAGAGGCUGGGCUCGCUGCGGCGGGCGUCCCGCAUGUACAAGCAGCACUGGUCCAAGCAGCACGUCGUGCGGGUGCAGGAGAUGCCCGACGCCUGGACCGCGGAGCAGGGCUACGCCCGGCGCCCCGCCGAGCGCCUCCGCAGCUGGGCGAGCCCCCGAGGAGCCGACAUCGCCCGCUACCUGAGCCAGCGCUCGCCCGCCCGCGCCUGGCGGGACAGGAACCCCUGGGUGGACGGGUACCUGGGCACCAAGCAGCCCUGGCGCAGCAAGAUGCAGUCCCUCUGCAGCCUGCCCAUCGUGCGGUACCAGGAGCAGCAGGAGGAGGACGGGCUGGAGGACAUGACCCAGCUGGAGGACCUCCAGGAAGCCGCCGUGCUGAGCAACAUCCGGACACGGUUUGAGCGCCAGCUCAUCUAUACCUACAUUGGCAGCAUCCUGGUUUCGGUCAAUCCCUACCGGCUGUACAACAUCUACGGGACGGAGCAGGUGCUGCAGUACGAGGGCAGGGCGCUGGGCGAGAACCCGCCGCACCUCUUCGCGAUUGCAAACGUUGCCUACACUAAAAUGAUGGAUGCCAAACACAACCAGUGUAUCGUCAUCAGUGGGGAGAGCGGCUCGGGGAAGACAGAAGCCACCAAGCUGAUCCUGCGGUACCUGGCAGCUGUCAGUCAGAAACGCAGCACGGCUCAGCAGAUAGAGAUCCUGGAGGCGACCCCCUUGCUGGAAUCCUUCGGCAAUGCCAAAACCGUGAGGAACGACAAUUCCAGCAGGUUUGGGAAAUUUGUGGAAAUCUUUCUGGAAGACGGCUUGAUCUGUGGUGCCAUAACCUCGCAGUACCUGCUGGAGAAGUCCCGCGUGGUGUUUCAGGCCAAAAACGAGCGCAACUACCACAUCUUCUACGAGAUGCUGGCCGGCCUCCCUGCCCAGCAGCGGCAGAAAUACUGCCUCCAGGACGCAGAGACCUAUUACUAUCUGAACCAGGGCGGCAACUGUGAGAUCCCCGGCAAGGAUGACACUGAGGAUUUCCGGCGGCUGCUCAACACCAUGGAGGUCCUGAGCUUCAGCGUUGAGGAGCAGAACAGCAUCUUCCGCAUCCUGUCCUCCAUCCUCCACCUGGGCAACGUCUACUUCGAAAAAUAUGAGACGGACUGCCAGGAGGUUGCGACGGUGGUGAGCGCGACAGAGAUCCAGACAGUGGCUGAGCUGCUGCAGAUCUCCCCUGAGGGCCUGCAGAAAGCCAUCACCUUCAAGGUGACGGAAACGCUGCGGGAGAAGAUCUUUACCCCCCUCACUGUUGAAAGCGCCGUGGAUGCCAGGGAUGCCAUUGCCAAGAUCCUCUAUUCCCUGCUCUUCAGCUGGCUGACGGAUCGCAUCAACAAGCUGGUGUACCCCAGGCAAGAGGCCCUCUCCAUCGCCAUCCUGGAUAUCUACGGGUUUGAGGAUCUCAAUUUCAACAGCUUUGAGCAGUUGUGCAUCAACUACGCCAACGAGUACCUGCAGUUCUUCUUCAACAAGAUCAUCUUCCAGGAGGAGCAGGAGGAGUACCUCCGUGAGCAGAUUGAGUGGAAAGAAAUUCCUUUCAGCGACAACCAGCCCUGCAUCGACCUCAUCUCCCAAAAGCCCUACGGCAUCCUCCGCAUCCUCGAUGACCAGAGCUGCUUCCCCCAGGCCACAGACCACACCUUCCUCCAGAAGUGUCACUACCACCAUGGGACGAACCCGCUGUACACCAAGCCGAAGAUGCCGCUGCCGGAGUUCACCAUCAAACACUAUGCGGGGAAGGUGACCUAUCAGGUGCACAAGUUUUUGGAUAAAAACUAUGACCAGGUGCGGCAGGAUGUUCUGGAACUGUUCAUCAGCAGCAGGACCAAGGUGGUGGCCAACCUCUUCUUCGGACAUGCCCAGGUGAUGGCCCGGCAGAAGAGUCUGGUGGGGAGAAGCAGCACCAGGACGCGACGCUACAAGGCCCCCACCGUGGCUGCCAGGUUCCAGCAGUCCCUCCUGGACCUGGUGGAGAAGAUGGAGAGGUGCAACCCCUUCUUCGUGCGCUGCCUCAAGCCCAACAACAAGAAGGAGCCGGGGCUCUUCGAGGCCGACAUCGUCAGCAGCCAGCUCCGCUACUCGGGCAUCCUAGAGACCAUCCGCAUCCGGAAGGAGGGCUUCCCCAUCCGCAUCCCCUUCCUCGUCUUCAUCGACAGGUACCGCUGCCUCGUUGACAUGUGGUCCAACGUCAUUCCCAAUGGGACCAACUGCGUGGAGAUGCUGAGGAACCUCUGCGCCGUCACCCCCAGCAUGUACUAUGUCGGCGUGAGCAAGCUCUUCCUCAAGGAGCAGCUGUACCAGGCGCUGGAGAGCAAGCGGGCCCGUGCCCAGCACCUGGCAGCGCUCACCUUGCAGCGCUACGCCCGCACCUUCUUCAUCAAGAGACGCUUCCGCUCCCUGCGCCGCAAGAUCGUCCUCCUGCAGAGCCGGGCCCGCGGCUACCUCGCCAGGCAGCGGUACCGGCGCAUGAGGCACACGCUCAUCAAGUUCAGGUCACUGGUGCACAUCUACGUGAACCGCCGGCGGUACCUCAAGAGGAAGGAGGACGCCCGCCGGCGGGCAGAGGAGGAGAGGGAGAGGAUGAAGCAGGAGCUGACGAGGAGGGAGGUGGUGGACGUGACGCACCUGGAGAUCCCCGCCGAGCUCAUGGGGCUGCUGGAGGCCGCGGCAGCCGCCGGGCAGGUGAACGCCGGCUGCGUGGUCCUGGUGCCCCCGCCGGCGCUGCAGCCCGACUCCCGGCUCACCCUCCCGCUCGACAUCAACAGCUACCCCAUGGCCAAGUACGUGCGGGGCCACUUCCAGGAGCCGGCCUUCGGGAUGCUCACGGCCCCGCUGGCCGCCCCCCUGACCCGGCUGGACGAGGAGCUUUGCCACGAGGCGCUCGGCCUUUUCAAGCUGAUCCUGCGCUUCAUGGGCGACCCGGGGCUGGGCGGCCCGCAGGAGACCCUCUUCGGCAACUACAUCGUGCAGAAGGGGCUGGCGGCGCCGGGGCUGCGGGACGAGAUCCUGGCGCAAGCCGCCAACCAGGUCUGGCGCAACACCAACGUCAACAACGAGGAGCGGGGCUGGCUGCUGCUGGCCGCCUGCCUCAGCGCCUUCCCCCCCUCCGCCGCCUUCGACAAGUACCUGCUCAAGUUCGUCUCCGACUACGCCUUCGCCGGCUACAAGCCGGUGUGCCAGCGGAAGCUGAUGCAAGCCAUGGCGCGGUCGCAGCUGGGCGCCGCGGCGGCUCGCGCCUACCCGCCCUCGCUGCUCGAGUGGACGGCCAUCAGGCAGCAAGCCAGCAUGGCCCUCGACGUCCACUGCUUCAACGGCGACCGGUUCUCCUGCCCCGUCCAUUCCUGGAGCACUGGCGAGGAUGUGGCAGGGGACGUCCUAAAGCACAGGGGGCUGGCGGAGGGCUGGCGCGGCUGGUCCGUGUCCAUGAAGGAGGGCGCCCAGUGGGCUGAGCUCGCCGGCCACGACUACGUGCUGGACCUCGUCUCCGACCUCGAGCUGCUCCAGGGCUUCCCCAAGCAGAAGUCGUACUUCCUCAUCGCCUGGGAGGGAGCGGAGAGCCGCGGCGGGGCCGGCCGCGCGGUGCUGGGACACGGCUUGGACUUGGAUGAGGUCCCUCCUCCUCCGGCCGUGAAAGCCCCCACGCUGCCGUCCCUGGCGGCGGCGGCCGCCGAGGCGUACCCGGCUCACGACGCGGACUUCGGCGAGCCGCGAACCCAGAAGGGUUUGGACCGCUACCUGGACAGCCUCUUCGACCCGGUGCUCUCCUACGGCAACGGGGAGCUGGAGAAGCCGACCGCUGUCUCGCAGCGGAUGAAGGGAGGAGGCGGUGUAGGCGGCGGGGCUGGCAGCGGCGACGCCGAGCGAAGCGGACCCGCCGAGCCGUGCCAGCCGAGGGGUGCGGAGCCAGCCCCGUCCCCCCAGCGCCGGGCAGACGCCAACCAGCCGCCUGGGCCCCCGGGGAGAGCAGCAGACGGGACGCCAGCCCUGCCGCAGCCCCGGCCCUACGUGCAGAAAGCCGCGCCCGCCGGCCGGCGCUGGCCCGGCGAGCUGGUGCGUCACUCGCGGCUCAACUCGGAGCACUUCCCGCGGCCCACGCAGAACAUCCGCAACAUCAUCCGGCAGUGCCAGCCGGCGGCACGCGGCCCCGCACCUGGCAGCAAGCUCUUCGGGAAGAAGCUGGACCCCCACGAGGAAGCCAUGCAGAUCCUGAAGGGGCAGCUCUCGGCCAGCCCGCGCUCUGCCUCGCAGGGGCCCAGGGAGGCGGUGGCUGCGGUGAAGCCGGUCACCAGCGCCGAGUACCAGCUGCGAGAGCCGGCAGGGCAUCCUCCAUCCACCGCCAGGCCCCCAGUCGCCGUGUGCCGGGAGCUGCCGUCCGAGGCGCAGCAGGUCCAGACCCAGCUCCACCGGAGCUGCAGCCAGGACUUCUACACCUACCGCAACGUGCCGUGGAAAAUAUACAUCCGCAAAGAGGUUUUCUACCCCAAGGACAACUUCAACGACCCGCUGCUGCUGGAUCUCAUCUUCCGGCAGAUCUUCAGCGACACGCUCUCCGACACCUGCGUCCGGCUCAGCCAGGAGGAGCGGCUCCGCAUGAAAUCCCUCUUCGCGGACAACAAGCUGGAUUCCUUCAGCCCCGUGGCCACCGAGGGCGUCAAGAAGGAGAUCAUCGCCGCGGCCCGCGACGGCUGCGAGGUGUAUUUCUCGCGCCUCUUCCCCGCCACGGGCAGCGUCGGGACCGGCGUGCAGAUCCUGGCCGUGUCCCAUGCCGGCAUCAAGCUGCUGCGGCUGGUGAAGGGCACCAACGUGCCCGGGGAGCAGCUGCGGGUGCUGCGGGGCUACAGCUACGCCGACGUCCUCUUCGUGACCACCCCGUCCAGGAACAUGCUGGAGUUCAACCUGAGCAGCGAGAAGCUCAUCCUCUUCUCCCCAAAGGCGCCCCAGGUCAAGGCCAUGGUGGACCACUUCAUCACGGAGCUCAGGAAGGACUCCCAGUACGUGGUGGCCGUGAGGAACUACAGCCCAGAGGACAGGGGCCAGCUGAGCUUCCACAAAGGGGACAUCAUCCACCUGCAGCCGCUGGAGCGCCCCGAGAGAGACCACUACUACGGCUGCGUGGUCCGCAAGAAGGUGAUGUACCUGGAGGAGCUGAAGACGGGCACCCAGGACUUCGGCUGGAAGUUCGGGGCCAUCCACGGCAGGUCGGGGCUCUUCCCGGCCGAGUACGUCCAGCCCGUCGCCGCCCCCGACUUCGUCCACUUGCCAGCGGACAGGAAAGAGGAGCCCAGGGACAAGCAGGGCAAGGUGGCAGCCUCGGCGGCCGUGGCCGUGGCCGUGGCCUCCGCCGCCGUGGCCUGGGAGCUGGACCGCAAAACGGAGGCGUCCCCCGCCGGCACCGGCUCUGCCGAGGGCCCGGAGGGAGACGGCGAGCAUCCCGGGGACGGUGUCCCAUCGUCGGGGACCUCCCCCAUGCUGGGCUUCGCCCGGCGGUAUUUCCGAGCGGCGCGGCGCGGGCAGACGGACUGCUGCGGGGAGAAGGCCGGGCGGACCGGGGAGCCGCCGGAUGGGAUGGAGAUGCUGAAGUUCACCAAGACCCCCAUCCAGGAGUCGCUCAUCGAAUUCACCGACAGCGGCGUCAGCAAACUGGCCGCCGAGGCUUUCCAAGCCGUGAUGAAGUUCAUGGGCGACUACCCUCUGAGGGGACAGACGGAGCUGGACGCCGUCUGCACCAUCCUCAAGCUGUGCGCGGAGCACGAGGUCCUGCGGGACGAGGUGUAUUGCCAGAUCGUCAAGCAGAUCACGGACAACACCAGCUCCAAGACCGACAGCUGCCAGAAGGGCUGGAGGCUGCUCUACAUCCUCGCCGCCUACUACAAGUGCUCCGAGGUGCUCAGGCCCUUCCUCCUGGCCUUCCUGCAGGACGCCGGCGGGCGCCCGGCGCUGCCCUUCCAGGGCAUCUCCAAAGCCUGCGAGCAAAACCUGCGGAAAACCCUGCAGUUCGGCGGCCGGAGCCUCUUCCCCAGCAGCAUGGAGCUCAAGGCCAUGGUGGCCGGACGCAGCGCCAAGCGCCAGCUCUUCCUCCUGCCCGGCGGCAUCGAGAGGCACCUCAAGAUCAAGACGUGCUCGGUGGCUCUGGAGGUGAUAGAGGAGCUGUGCUCCGAGAUGGGGCUGCAGCGCCCCGAGGCCUUCGACGAGUACAUCAUCUUCGUGGUCACCGAGAGAGGGCAGGGCGUCCGGCCGCUCACGCGCCGGGAGUACAUCCUGGACGUGGCCACCGAGACGGAGCGCCUCGACGCCGGCUACACGUUCUGGUGCCGCCGCGCGGUCUGGAGCCAGCCCCUCAAGUUCGACAACGAGCUCUACGUCACCGUGCACUACAACCAGGUCCUCCCCGACUAUCUCAAGGGGCUCUUCAACGUCCUGCCGCCCGCCAGGGCCGGGGAGCAGCACUUCCAGCAAGCGGCCAAGCUGGCCGCGCUGCAGCACCGCGCCAAGGACGGCCGCUGCCCGCCCACCGCGCGGGAGGUGCAGGACUACGUCCCGCCGCAACUCUUCCGCCUGCUGAAGGCCCAAUCCUGGCUGCACAUGGUGACCCAGCACAUGCAGCAAGCCCAGGCGCUCAGCGCCCACCAGGCCAGGGCGCAGUUCCUGGGGCUGCUGAGCGCCUACCCCAUGUUCGGCUCCUCCUUCUUCUACAUCCAGAGCUGCAGCAACAACACCAUCGUCUCGCCCUGCAUCCUGGCCGUCAACCAGAACGGCCUCAACUUCCUCAGCAAGGAGACCCACGAGCCCAUCGCCAAGUUCUCCCUGAAGGAGAUCCAGUCGACGCGGACGCAGCGGCCCACGGCCGGCUCCAGCUCCCCUUACGUGGAGAUCGCACUGGGCGACCUGCUCUCGCAGGGCAUCACCCAGCUGCAGCUGGAGCAGGGCCUGGAGCUGUGCCGCGUGAUCGCCACGCACAUGGAGAGCCUGCUCUGCGCCCGGGAGAAGAGGCUCACGCUGCCGCCCAGCGAGAUCACGCUGCUCUGAGCCCCCCGUCGCCCGCGCCGUGCCGCCGGGACCGCGCUCCGCGGCUGCGCCGGCGCCCAGGACGGGCUCCCGGGGGACUGCAAACGCCUUAUUUAUUUUUAACAACGGCCCACGGACAUGCCGGGGGAGCGCUGCCCAGAACUGCCUGCGCGGAGUCGGUUAUUUCAUUAGUGACUUAUUAACCGCUCCUCUCCGGACCGGCGUCCCCUGCGCGCUGCCCGCGCCCCUCGCCCUCCGCUCGCCGGCCAUCGCGCCCACGUCUUUACACGCGGCCUGGGCGGGUCGGGCCCGCGGCGGGGGCGCGGGUUUUGCGCCGCAUCCCGUGUGCGCUGCCGCUCGGAGAUGGCCUCCUUCACCGGCGCGGGAUUAAAAUGUCCUCCGCACUCAGCGAGCUGCCUCCAGGUCGAGCCGCGGCCUCCGCGGGCGCUCGCCGCGCAGCCCCGGGGUGGAGGAGCCUGUGGCGGUGGCUCCCUCCGCGCCCGGAGCCCCUCCGGGAUGGUCAGCCCGGAUGUGUCCCCAGACGGGCUGUGCCCUGAGUGCCCCUGGGUGUCCCCGGUCCCCUCGGGUGUCCCUGGGCUGGUGGUGGCCUGGGUGUCCCUGGUUCCCCCAGGUGUCCCCGGGCCGGUGGUGCCCAGGUGUCCCCAGUUCCCUCUGGGUGUCCCCAGUCCUCCCUGGGUCAUCCCGG